AUGGAGAUGGAUAAUAUCAAGCCUGCUGAAAUCAUCUUUAAGGAGAAACUGUAUUCUUCUCAGCACUCUAUUAUCUUCCUUGUCACCAUCCGCAAUAUAACACAGCAUCAUGGACGAGGUCCCCGUCUCUACUACGAGUCAGCCAACCGCGAACUCGACAUCCACAUCGUCGAAGCAACCGCCUACCAUCGCCUGAAACAAUUCGGCCUGUGUGACCGCGGCAUCGUCCCCAACUUCCUCGGGACGAUGAGAAAAUUCAACCCCUCCCUCUGCCGACCUCAUCUAGACACCUUCCUUGAAGACGAAUAUCCCCCCAGCGCCAUCUUCCUCGAGUACAUUCCCGGCCUGGAAAUGAUCUACCUGAACAACUACACGCCUCAAAGAAUGGAUAACCUCGUCACGGGCAUUCAGGAAAUCCAUAAAGCGGGAGUUUUGCAUGCGGAUCCAAAGCCGCGGAAUAUGAUGGUUGUUGCUGGUGAUGCUGAGCGGGUUGUGUGGUUGGAUUUUGACCGUUCGUAUACGUAUACUCUGGGGAGUAUGACGGAGCAGGAACAGGCGAGAUUGGAGAAUGAGGAGGUGAGGAUUGUGGGGAUUAAGGAGUAUUUGGGAGCGGAUUGUGCUACCGGAACACUGGACAAGGCGUAUAUCUUCUACACUUGA